UUAUACUCUUUGGUUAGAACUUUAUAAAGUACCUAAUUAUUGUUGCGUUCAUACUUCAUUCAUCAUUGUUUAAAUGUGUAAAUAUUCUGAAUAAUGCUAUGUGGUAGGUACAUAAACAGGAUUCAGGAUUUCGGGGACACAGAACACUUUUACUGCAACGAGUUUGUCCCGGGAACAAUAAAAUCAGAAUAAUUCCAAAAUGCUACAGCCUAUCAUGCAUAUUAUUAAACAGAAAAAUAUAGUUUUAGCUAGUGCUUCACCCCGGCGAAAAGAACUUAUAGAAAAUAUAGGUUUAAAAGUCACAUUAUGUCCAUCAAAUUUUGAAGAGAACUUGGAUCCUAAAAAAUUUAAUAGUUUUUCUGAAUUUGUGGAGGAAACUGCCCUGCAGAAGGUUCUUGAAGUGGAACAUAGAUUAAAUAUUGGAGAAAAUAAACCAGAUGUGAUCAUUGGAGCUGACACAAUGGUUACUUUAGAUGGUGUUAUGUUUGGUAAACCAGGGUCUGAAUCAGAGGCAUUUGAAAUGCUUUCAAAACUCUCUGGUAAAAGUCAUACGGUGUACACAGGAGUUGUCGUAAAGACAAUAAAUAAAGUUGUAAAAUUUACAGAAAAAACUGAUGUUACCUUCGGGAAGUUAGAUGACAAGCAAAUUCAUGGAUAUAUUGACUCUGGAGAGCCUAUGGAUAAGGCAGGAGGAUAUGGGAUACAAGGAGUAGGAGGUACUUUUGUGGAGAGAGUUGAUGGGGAUUAUUUCACUGUGGUGGGACUGCCUCUAUACAGACUCUGUUCUGUUCUUUAUGAUAUAUUUAAGCAUGAAAAGCUAAAAUCUACAUAGACUGUUAAUACUUUCUUUAACUGUGACUAGAAUAUUUAAUAAAAUGAUAGGAUAAUUAGUCUUAGACUAAUUUAUACUCCUCAUAUAUAGACUAAUUUUUAUUUACUGCUUAUAUAAAAUGCUGCAUUUUCAGCAACAAUGUAAUUAUUUUUAGUUGUUAGUCAAAGUCAAAUAAACUAUAAUCAAUCUUAGCGAAAUUUACACUCAAUCAUCAAUUUGACAUGAGUUUCGCCUCUACACAAGGCAUCCACAACUUUUCAAGUCUCGUGAGAUAAUUUGGCGAGUCAACAUCUCCUGAGGAGGCCUCGUGUAGAGGCGAAACACAUGUCGAAUUGAUUGAAGUCAAAUCUUAGCUGAAUUUACACUCUAGAAGGCUCACAAAAUUUGAAUAAUUAUGGAUUUCUGCUAAAUAACACCUAAUUUAAUAUUUUCUAUACUUCAUGGUAGGGUGCAUUUUAGCAUAAUAAUAUCCAAAGAGAAGAAACAUAUCUUACUAUUUUUACUGUAUUAAAUAGCUCUUUGAAACAUUUAUUUAUAUUUCUUACUAUAUGUUUAUGUUGCUUUUGUUCAUUAUACGGGUUUUAGUUAAAUAUGUUAAGUAUAAAAGUUCAAUUAUGAAUAUUUUGUUGUUAUAUUUUACAUGAAUAUAUAAUAUUAAAUGUGGUGAUAAAAUUAUCUUAAUAUUGUUGUAAGUGUAAAUCUAUCUAUUAUUCACAAUUAUAAUAUUUGUAAUCCAA